CGAGAUCAGGCAGUGGGCAGUUUAUUGUGAUAAAUAUUCAGCUUUAGUUCAUUUUCUGGGUUCUUCAACGCCAUUGUUGUCUUUUUUAAACCGAGUUGCUGAUGAUUCCCUAAAUAUUUCUGGAAAUGUAUUACUUGAUCUCUUCUCUACAAAACAAUAAAUAUCAUGAAAUGAAAUGUGCACCAACUUAAGCAGAGGACUGGCAGGUGCCCAUAGGCUGGUGGCGCAUUACUGUGCUGCGAUGGGUGUUUUCACGCGUCACCAGUGGGCGCCUCUUCCUGCGCACAAAGAGAGCAGAGCCCGGGGAUGCGCACAAUGUGAGUCUCGGCUCAGAGGCACCGCUGUCCUCUCUGCGUCUUGGCAGCAUCUUGCGGAGUGUAAUAGGAGGAGGUCGAGGAUCAUCCCGGUGUGGCGCUCUGUCAUCCUCAUCCCUCAAACGCACUGACUGUGGAAUUUACCGAGGUUAGUCCCACCCUGUAAAAGACCGAGAGACGCACUUUGACGGAGCAGAAUUCAAACUGCUGGAGCAGAGAGAGGAGCCUCUUCUGUGGCUGCUGAGAGGACAAGAGUUGCUGUGAGAAAUGUUAUCUGCUCGCUAGAGCCUGUAACAACUCAUCCACCGGAUGCUGGAAUUACAAUUAAAGCAGUUUAAUGAAGAGGAAAAAAUUGCAUUCUAGAACAAGUAAUUAAAAUUCUUGUAUUCAAGAGAGAGCAAUCCAUUCACAAGGAAUUGGAUGAGAGUCUUAUUAGCCGUUGGCAACUAAAGAUGAUGUCACCAUGGAAACAAAUUGUUCUGCUAUCAAUCACUGGAUGCCUUGCAGACUUUUUCCCCUUUCCCCAGCCUGUACACAGGAUGUCAUAUUUCAAGGUCCAAGAUGGAGGAAGGAGCCAAGUGACCUCAUUUUACCCAUCAACUCCCCAGACCGGCAGGCUACCAUCAUGUGCAAGGCAGAAGGCAGCCCACCUCCGCAGUACAGAUGGUCACUAAACGGAACACUCAUUGAUCUGGGGAAUGACUACCGGCGUCACAUGUCUGGGGGCAGCCUGAUCAUUAGCAACCUGGACAAGGACCAAGACAGCGGGGUAUACCAGUGCACAGCCUUCAACACAUGGGGGUCCAUCCUCAGCCGCAGAGCCAGCCUGCAGUUUGCAUAUCUUGAUAAUUUCAAAACUCAGACGGUGAGGAGCGCUGUCAACGUCCGUGAGGGCCAAGGAGUGGUUCUGUUAUGUGGACCACCUGCAUAUUCUGGAGAGCUGACGUUUGCUUGGAUCUUCAAUGAAUAUCCGUAUUUUGUCCAACAAGACAGUCGUCGUUUCAUCUCUCAAGAGACAGGCAGUCUGUACAUCGCAAAAGUGGAGCCCUCAGAUGUUGGCAACUACACCUGUGUAGUGAACAACACUGUCACAAGGGAGAAGGUUCUCAGCUCUCCUACACCACUGGUCCUCAGAAGUGACGGAGUAAUGGGUGAAUAUGAACCCAAAAUAGAAGUUCAUUUCCCUGAUUCAGUUCCAGCUGCGAAGGAAUCUGUGGUGAAACUGGAAUGUUUCGCCCUGGGAAACCCUGUCCCAGAAAUAAGCUGGAGGAGAACCAGUGGCAUCCCUUUCCCCAGCAAAGUGAAAUUGAAGAAUUCAAACGCCGUCCUUGAAAUCCCUAAUUUCCAACAGGAAGACGCGGGGACGUAUGAAUGUAUUGCAGAGAAUCGGCGAGGCAAAAAUGUUGCGCGGGGUCGUGUUUCAUUCCAUGCUAAACCUCACUGGCUCCAGACAAUGACGGACACAGUUCUGUCCAUCGAGGAGAACCUCUUCUGGGAGUGUAAGGCCAAUGGAAAGCCUAAACCUUCUUCCAGCUGGUUGAAGAAUGGGAAUCAAGUGAUAGCGGAGGGCCGCGUACAAAUCGAAAACGGGGCUCUUUCUAUAGCUGCAUUAAACCUGUCAGAUUCUGGGAUGUACCAGUGUGUGGCUGAAAACAAACAUGGCAUUAUUUAUUCCAGUGCCCAACUAAUGGUGUUAGCUUCACCUCCAAGUUUCUCCAAAAGUCCAUUAAGGGCCUUGCUAAAAGCUCGCUCAGGCAGCGAAGUCACUCUUGAAUGCAAGCCUCAGGCCUCGCCCCCAGCAAUUAGCCUGUGGAAGAAAGGGAAUGAGAUCCUGCAGAGAAAUGAAAGGAUUACUCUGCUUCCCAAUGGGACAUUAAAGAUUACCAAUGUAACCAGAAGGGAUGCAGCCACCUACACAUGCAUCGCUAAGAAUCAGUUUGGGACAGCAAGCACAACUGGGAGGCUGCUUAUCACCGAGCCCACCAGAAUCACCAUGAGGCCGACUAACAUGGAGAUUAUUGUUGGCGAGAGCAUCGUGUUACCUUGCCAGAUUGCCUGCGAUCCAGCUCUGGAUGUGUCUUUCUCGUGGGCAUUCAAUGGCCAGCUCAUCGACUUCCAGAGAGACAGCGAUCAUUUUGAAAGAGUGGGCGGGAGUAUAUCAGGGGAUCUGAUGAUUCGUAACAUCCAGCUGAACCAUGGAGGUAAAUACGUCUGCAUUAUUGACACUGAUGUGGAGAGCCUGUCCACCUCUGCGAUCUUGGUUGUGAAAGGUCCACCAGGUCCUCCGGACAAGGUAGCAGUGGAGGAGAUCACGGACAGCACUGCCCAGCUCUCCUGGACUCCUGGAAGGGACAAUGGCAGCCCCAUCACUGGAUACAUCAUCCAGGCCCGGACACCCUUCACUGUAGGCUGGCAGGCUGUUGACACAGUGCCGGAGGUGGUCAAUGGUAACAUGCUGACAGCCACAGUGGUGGGCCUGAAUGCCUGGGUGGAGUAUGAGUUCAGGGUGGUGGCUCGCAAUGCAGUAGGCUUGGGAGAGCCUAGCCCAGCCUCCACCAAGACCAGGACAGAGGAUGCCAUUCCUGACACAGCUCCCACUGAUGUUGGAGGUGGAGGCGGCACAAAGUCUGAAUUAGUGAUAACAUGGGAGCCUGUUCCCGAGGAAAUGCAGAACGGAGAGGGUUUCGGCUACAUCAUCGCCUUCAGGCCUGUGGGAACAGUCACGUGGACGCGGGCGGUUAUCUCUACACCUGGCGUAGCGCGUUACGUCUUCCGCAACGAUACCAUCCCACCUUUCUCGCCUUUUGACGUGAAAGUGGGGGCAUACAACAACAGAGGGGAGGGGCCCUUCAGCUCUAUUGCCAGCGUGUACUCGGCAGAGGAAGUCCCCAGUGUGGCUCCUAAGAGGGUUAGGACCAGAAGUGUGUCUGCAGUGCAAAUUGAAGUGAUCUGGGAAGCUCUCCCCGCCAUUCCUGAGCGAGUACUUGGAUAUGAGGUCGUGUACUGGGAAGAUGACACCAAGCCUGACACUGUUGGCAAAGUGCGCAUAUCUGGAAACUACACACUGGUUAACAUCACAGGGCUGAAAGCGAACACAGUGUACUACCUUUCUGUGGCUGCUUUCAAUACAGCUGGCCCCGGGCCACAGUCGGCACCCAUCAACACCACCACAAAGCAACCACCUCCAGAUCGGGCUCCACUCAACAUACAAUGGACUAUGAUUGGCUCCACACUCUCGCUGCACUGGGAUCCUGUUGUAGCUAUGGAGACAGAGUCAAAGGUCACUGGAUAUUUGGUACUGCUGAAGCGACAUCGCUACAAUGACAUCACCACCAUCUUGACCAACAAAACCACUGUGGAGCUCAGCCUCUCAGCCAGUGACAACUAUCUCAUUCAGAUCAAGGCCAUGACUGAGGGCGGCGAAGGCGCAGGCAGUGAACCCAUCCACAUCCAUAAAUUAAGUAUGGGAGCGAGGGGUUCAGGAGCGAUCUGCCUCAGCCCACUGUACCUCUCUGCAGUCCUCAUCACUGCACUGCUCUGCUCCGUCUGGUGAUGUCGAGUCGGAGCCCACAAAGCACUCUCCCUCCCCCUCCAUCCCUUCAGUCAGCCUGUCCUAUGUAAACUCUCCGCUGGAUUGGCUUAAGGCCCGGCCUUCAGAGAGCAGGGCCUUGAAAGACUGGAAAAGACUGGACUUUGCCAAACUCUUAAAGGGACCACGCCACUCAAAGGACCAUCAGACAGAGAUGUGAGGAUUUGCGUGCAUGUUAUCUUUUGCUAUUUCUUCCGGUGUCAUAAGUGCCACCAUGCUUUAGGUUUCAUUUUAGCAGUUACAAUGUCUACAUGACUUAUUUUACUAGUAUCUUUGGGGAUACUACUGCCUUAAAACCCAUUUUAGACAUGCAGUCCAUACCAAAGUAGGUGACACUGGCUGCUUGCUCCAUGGUGUCUUUAUUCCUUUACAAAAAUCUUAAAAAAAGUGUAUUCAUAAGAAUUUAUCUCCUCAAGGUCGACUUCUCAGCAGGUGACUAGCCUAUUCAUUGGUUGCAUCCAUAUUUUAUUGUCCCAAAAUUUAAGUAAAUCAGCUUCAUUGCUAGAACAUCUAAUACCCACAAUUAGCAAUUUUUUUAUCCUUUGAGGGCUUGAUCAGCUGUGCCUCAGACCUUAGAACUUAUCUCUGCAUACUUAAAUUAUAUUAGAUCUGUCCGAGUGCCACUGGCUCCCAAGCUUACGAUGAUUCUAGCUUUCGCUCCCUAUCUCAUACUCCUCUAAAUAAUAAAUGCCUAUCAUGCUCUGCAUUCCAGUCUAGCGAAAAGGCCAGGAUUACAGAGAAUAAAGAUCCGUGGUGUUGUAAAGUCAAGCAGAUCCCAUGUGUAAUGUAACUUCUCUACAUUUAGACGACCUGUGUUCUAGAUACGUAUAUCAUAUCGCAGAACAUGUACUAUCUAUACCCCAGAUGAUCAGAUAGCCCAAUGCAUAAUGGACUAUAGGAAAACAGUGCCUUCACUAGAGUUCACUUAGUUUUUUUUUCCUCUUUUUUUCUUUUCAGUAGUCAUAGGAGAAACUGUCACGUUGCAGAAGAGGCAUUGUUUGCUUUUCUUUCCAAAGAAAUUAGUGAGGUUGCACAGGAAACUCAGAAUGUAAAGGGAGUCCAUUAUUGGAAAGGGUAUGCUGAUUAAAUUUUCAUUGAGAGAAGUACACCGGGGCACCCAAGGAGAAAAGGGUUGGGAGCUUUAGGAAAGCUGCAGCGCAUUGGGAUAUAUAGUGGAAAUUUUGGUUUUAGUAUUUAUGGUCUGUGGUGUAAUAAAUGUAUGACUCCAUCCGUGGCAUAAUUUAUGGGCUACGAAGGCAUCAGAAUAAUUGAUGACAAUACCACGUUGAAAGAGCCCUGACUGGAAAUGGAGCGAAAGGCAUCAAUGUCAUUUUAUCCCCACCCAUCGCCGUCUACUGGACACAUACCAGACUGAACAGUAACAAAAGAACAGUGCUUCUCUGCUGAGGGAGCUACUUUCCACGCCCUUUUAUCAUGGGGAUGAUGUGUCUGUCAAGAGCCACCCAAGUAAAAGCCGAGGUGUGAUUACUGGGGUCCUGACAAUGUUCAUGUGGAUGUGGAAGGAUACAGUCAGCUGAACUGCUACAAAUUACUGUGCCUUUGCCGAACAUGGGGCUGUGUAGGUCAUUCAGACUGUCGUUGUCGUCAUCAUAUUUUGCACUCUCCACACCCCCACCCCACCCCCCACCUCAAAGUCAAAUGAAAGCACAAGGAAUUGAUGCAAGGUGACUGGAUGUUCUCACUUAGUCGCCUGAACAGGUGUGCGGACCCCAGAGGCCUCGUAAAAAGUCCAAACAGCCGACAUAAUCAGGCUGUCCUAUCUGCUCCUUGACUGGUUUCAUAAAGCUCUGUGCUCGUUGAUUAGACUGCUGCAGACCAGUCAAUGGGACAUCGAUUUUCCUGCCCAUUAUUACAGCUGUCACAAUUCACCUGCUUGAUUGACUGAUGGCCGCUUUCUUAUUACUCUCGUUCUGUUGUGUUACAGUCAGUGAUGUUUCAGAUGUCCUCCACCACGCUACACCCCAUAGGACAACGUCAAAGGCAUUCUUUUUCUGUUGUGUUUUGGUUUGCUUUUGCUAGAAAUCGCACUGUAUUUGCUCAGUUUUUCAACAUAUUUUACGAGUAUUUUGUAGUGUAGUGGUAGAUUGUGACUUUGAAAUGGAGCAGUGACCUGGAAUGUCUGGUUGAUUUUUCAUCUUAUUUUAUUUAUUUAUUUUUUUCUUUACUCAUAUGAUGAACAUGACUGCUGCUGGGCUGUAGUGCUCCAGCAUUAGUCCCAUUGUAUCGUUCGUCACAACAGCAUAAAAACCCAGUCACACACCUUUUAAGCAGUAAAAUUUUGGGGCAAAGUCAGUUCCUGCGAUCAACUGAUUCACUUGUGGAGCAAAGUAAAUCUCUGUCAUCUGUUUUGCAUAGAGUUCAGUU